AUGCUUCUAAGUAAUAUAUGCCUUGGGAUUGUUUUCCUCUCUGAGACUGGAAUUGGGAUCACGGCAAAUGUCUUCCUCCUGUCUCUUCAUAUUUUAAAGAUGCUUGCUGGUCACAAGAUGAGGCCCAUUAACCUGAUUCUCACCCAGUUGAUCUUGGCCAAUGUCACCAUGCUUGCUAGCAAAGGUAUCCCACAAACAUUGCUGGUUAUUGGAUGGAACAAUUUCCUGGAUGAAGUUGGGUGUAAAAUUGUGUUUUCCUUUUGCAAAGUGAGCCAGGGGCUUUCAAUUUCCUUCACCUGCCUCCUUGGUACCUUCCAAGCAAUCACCAUCAGUCCUAAUGACUCUAGGUGGGCAAAGUACAAAGCCAGAGCCUCUGAGUUCAUUGACCCCACCUGUCUCUUACUUUGGAGCCUCAAUCUUCUGAUUGAAAUUCCUGCAUCAAUAAGUGUAAGAAGCCCAAGAAUCAGCACCAACAUUACAAAUAGGAUGAAUGUCGUGUUUUGUUCUUUUGGAAGAUUUUUGAGGGCUUAUUUGAUCAUGACCACUCUCAGAAAUGUGUUCUUUGUAGGGCUCAUGGUCUGGACCAGUGGCUACAUGGUACUUCUCCUGUAUAGACACCACCAGCAUGUACAGAAUAUCCACAGCACGAGCCUCUCUCCCAGAGCCUCCCCUGAGAUCAGAGCAACCAAAAACAUCCUGGUGCUGGUGAUCUUCUUUUUCUGCUGUUACUUAUUCAACUCCAUCUUUGUGCUUUGUUUCAGUUAUGUACAUCAAAGAGCUGUCUGGCUGCUGCCCAUUUCUGCUUUUCUGUCUCUAUCUUUCCCAACUUUUAGCCCCUUUGUGUUGAUCCCCCAAUUCCAUAAGUCCUGCUGUGUUUUCCGGACAACUAAACAACCCAAUCCCCCAUACUGA